AUGCAGCAAGCGAUUCGUUUCAAUACGAAGAUCUUGGACGCGGAGUCCCGAGUCGGUCAUAUGUUGGACGAGUUGAUGCGCUCGUUGGAACAGGACCAUCAGGAGUGGGUAUUCCAUCAAAAAGGCGAGAUGGUCAUCGAAGUCGUGACGGAAUCGAUCAAGCCAGAAUCGCUGAAGACAGUGAUCCACGAGCAGCUGCACUUGCCGCGGAACAAGGCGUUGAAGAGCGACGUAUUUCGUUACGUUAACUGGCUGUGGACCUUUGCAGCUGGCCACCAGCUAUACGUGGGACUCGAAGACGAGUCUAAACCUUCCCCAGCAGCGAAGCCGGUAGAAGCUCCACGAGGCGGCAGUCCUCAAUUGCCAAGACGUGACGGCGCCGGGGAAGACGAAGCCAAAAAAGUGGCAGAGUCGGCGAAAAGGCAUACCAGGGGAAGGAGCUUCAUUGGCUGUAGUGCUAGGGUCGCGAUGGAUGCGAAAGUGAGGUAG